AGCAGUUGCCUAAAAGGGAGGAGUUCCCAAUGGAUAAAGCCAAAAAAAAGCUGGCCGUCACUCCUUCCCACGCCGCGCAGCCAUGGGGAAGAAAACACAGCGCUUUAGACAGAGAUCAGCUCGGUCGGCUUUCACAGUCAGGAAAACACAGAGUUUCAAGCUAUGACAUACAAGGUAUGGACCCAGAUGAUGAAUCCAUUACAGAUUUUACAAAAAAUGAGCUCUUAGUAUUCAAGACUAGCUUUGCAAGACCGAAAUAUGCUAACACUUACAGGAUGGAACCUUAUAGAAAAUGUCAGUCUCAUAUAGUAAGGAAGAGAGCUGAAGAUAUUCUAAAGCAGAAACUUCAAGAUUUCAAAUAUAUUGGAAUCAAUGGUGCCCCCACUUGUACAGCUAUCUCAGAAGAUAUAUUAGCAGGUGUCAAGGAACUGGGGUUUGAUCGUUACAAGUAUAUAGUUCAGCUAUUUCUUGUGGAAAAGACUGGUCAGUCAAUACAUAUUGCCAGCAGAUGGGUCUGGGAUGUUGCAAGAGAUACUUGGGUUCAAGCUCAAUAUGAAGCUGAGAACUAUGUUAUGGUGGCUUUAGUAGUUGCUUCCUAUUUUGAGUAAUUAAUAAAUAAUUAAUUUAUUAAUAGAGAUUUAUAUAGUUGCCUACUCACUCAACAGUGACUCUAGAUGGCUUACAAACAGUAACAAAGAAACAGUGUAGCAACAUACUGAGAUUUUCUUGUUCUAUUUGCUCAAAUAAAUGUAUUUGCUUUUUUUCAACUACACUACCACUAUGACAUUUUUUGUGCAAAACAUUUAUGACAUACUCCUUGCUGCCUAUUGAGUGGGCAUGCCUGUUACUGUCUACAGAUAGUCCUUGGUUAAAGAUAACUCGUUCAGUGACUGUUCAAUGUUAUGAUGGUGCUGGAACAGUGUCAAUUACAACUAGUCUUGAAGUUCUUGGUUGUCCAGCAUCCCUAUGGUCACAUGAUUGCAAUCUUUUCAAUCCUUCAGUAUCUAGCAGUUAUGUAAUCACAAUUAGUGACCUUCCCUGCCAACUGAGCCCAGUUUAGGAUUUUAUACAUAUCCGUAUAUGAUUAAAAUGCUUAUAUCUGUUUGAUAAUUUGUAAUCUUCAAUUUGAGGCGAAACAGUGCAUCAUAGACCAACAGGUUUUGGAUCAAAAGGGCUAACUUACAGAAUGCAUCCAAAAUCCAGAACCCAUUGGUCCAUGGGAUUGAAAAUUGUUAAUCGUUGUCACUUCAACACCACAUCUGACUACACUUUGCAGAAACCCAUAGGUUGCUUGAUACAAAUCAGCUGGUGGCAAGACCCAACAGACAAGUAUUUUGGAAUAAAGGCUGAAAUUUGAAAUCUCUUAAUAGCAGUGGCUGAUUUGGGGAAGAAACUAGGGAAUAAUUCAGAUGUCUACUGGCAAGGUAGAGCUGAUUGGGAGGCACUGAUGGUUCCUUCCUGGAGGGAGGGGGCCCUUGGGGGCAAACAAGAAUGGGGAGGAGGAGUGCAGUUUUCCCCAUGGUUCACCACUCUGUUCCAUCCAUCUGCCUCCUCCCCAAAGUGGCAGGGAGUUCCUUGGAUCAUCUGAGGUGGAGGAGGACGACACAACUUCAGUGGCUCUCCUGAGGAUGGUGAAAGGAGAGGAAAUGGUACAAGUCUACUUUAUAUCCGGAAAGAAAAAUGACUCCGUGGGUCAUAUCUAGUUUGGACUUUAAAAAUCUACGUGACCACUGGAUGGCAGAAAAAGUUUCUAUAUUUCCCAUCAUCUUGCAAUGAUUUGGAUACUUGCAGCCCAGAUAGGGUAGUAAUAUUUUAUGUAACACUUACUGCAUUUGUUAGACAUGUGAUAUUUGGUAUCUUGCCUUUCUUCCAGGCUUGCUGCUUGGGUUUUUCUCCCAAUCACCAUGGCUGACUGAUUAAGGCUUCAAAACAUUUGCACCCACAUAAUUGCAAUAGUAUCUACUUUUGUUUUAUGAGUGGGCUUAACUGAGUCUCACAGUUUGAUUCAAUGUCUUGCCUCCACACACAUAUAUACUUCAGCAAACAUCUGGGAGGACAUAGAACAAAUAAAAACCAG